AUGAAUAGAAUUAUUGGUGAUUGUGCAUUAAAGAGAAAAAUAGGUGGAGGAAGUUUUGGAAACAUCUAUAUUGCUCAGGAUAUUAAAACUGGAGAAGAAGUUGCAAUUAAAAUCGAAGAUAAUUCCACACCUCAACCUCAAUUACUUCGUGAAAGCAAGUUUUAUAGGCUCAUUAGUGGCGAACCGGGCUUUCCUGAGUUUAAGUGGUAUAAAAUUGAUGGAGAUAAUGCAGUAAUGGCAAUGGAACUACUUGGACAAUCUGUUGCAGAACUUCUUGAGCUCUGUCAUGGAAAAUUUUCAUUAAAAACUGUAUUAAUGCUAGCAGACCAAAUGAUCUCAAGGCUUGAAUAUGUUCAUUCUAAAGGAUACAUUCACCGAGAUAUUAAACCCGAUAAUUUUGCAAUCGGUUUGGGAAAGAAGCAUAGUAUCAUUUUCCUCUUUGAUUUCGGAUUAUCAAAAAAAUAUAUCGACGUUAAAACAGGAACCCAUAUACCUUAUAAAGAGGACAGAGAACUUACUGGAACAGCACGAUACUCCUCUGUUUCUACACAUCUUGGCAUAGAGCAAUCGAGACGAGAUGAUCUUGAGGCACUAGCCUACGUAUUAAUCUUUUUUCUCAAAGGAAGAUUGCCUUGGCAAGGCCAAAAAGCCGAAUCCCAAAAACAGAAAAAUAAAUUGAUUGCCGAAGUGAAAUGUACAACUCCAAUUGAGGAACUUUGCUCUGAUUUACCAAAAGAAUUUUCAAUUUUUUUAGAAGAAGUAAGGAAAUUAGGAUUUCAAGAUAAACCGGAUUAUGAAAUGUACAGAGAAUUAUUUCGAAACUUAUUCAUUCAGGAAGGCUUCGUUUUUGAUUAUCAGUACGACUGGGAUGUCAAAAAAGAUGAUAUGAUCUCUCAACAUUCUGCUAUACCAAAGAUUGUAUAUCCAGGAAUGGCAAAAUUAAUGAAAUUUAGAAGCAGUCCCCAUAUUAUUGCAGUACCUCAACAAAGAGCAAGAGCAUCAAGUCUGAUUAAAGAUCAACCAACUCCUUUACCUCCAUUUAGCAAGCUAUGA